AUCAUCCACGCGCUGCCGUCUUACCUGCCGGCAUUUGGAUCGAACCAGGCAGCGGCGCGGCCCCCUAAAAGAGGACGAGGUAAAGGUCGGGAUGGCUUCUCUCGCUUCUUCUUCUGUCGUUGGACUCCGUCGCCCUCAGGUUCAUUGCUUUUCAAGAGGAUUCAUCUCUUUUAAAGGGCUGUGUUAUAAAGCAUUUGUGGUAAAUCAGAGGAUUUCGAAUUUUACAUCAACUGGUUUCGGGAAAGCUGUAUGUUUUUCUUUAAAAGAAGAUGAUAGAUUUAUAGCUGUACCAAGGUCAAGUGAAAGUGAUAUUCUACUAGGAGAAAGUGCUGUCGUGGAACAGGAUAAUGCAACUGUUAAUUCUAUGGUUCAAGCAGAUGCAGUAGCCCUUGGAACAAUGACAGCCGAUAUGGCUUCAGUUCCUGAUGACUUUUCUAUUGACAAUGAUGAGAACGAUUUAGAUUGUCCUACAGAAGGGUUCUCCUGUAUCUCAGAGGCCAUCAAGGACAUCCGUCAAGGCAAGUUUGUGAUUGUAGUCGAUGAUGAAGACAGAGAAAAUGAGGGAGAUCUUAUAAUGGCUGCAUCUUUGGUAACGCCAGAGGCCAUGGCUUUUGUAGUCAAGCAUGGGACAGGAAUUGUAUGUGUGAGCAUGAAAGCAGAAGACCUUGAAAGGUUAGAGCUUCCUCUCAUGGUGUCAAAUAAAGAAAAUGAGGAGAAACUGUGCACAGCAUUCACGGUCUCAGUGGAUGCCAAACAUGGUACAACCACUGGUGUGUCUGCUAGAGAUAGAGCACAGACGGUUAUGAUGCUUGCGUCACCUGAUUCAAAGCCUGCAGACUUUAAUCGUCCUGGCCAUAUUUUUCCGUUGAAGUACAGGGAGGGUGGUGUUUUAAAAAGAGCUGGACAUACGGAAGCAUCAGUUGACCUGGCUAUUCUGGCUGGAUUACCCCCUGUUGGAGUUCUAUGUGAGAUCGUUGAUGAUGAUGAUGGUUCCAUGGCUCGGUUACCAAAGCUACGUGAAUUUGCCAAGGAGGAGAAUUUAAAAAUAAUCUCAAUUGCAGAUUUGAUCAGAUAUAGGAGGAAAAGAGAUAAGUUGGUUGAACGUGCUUCCAUUGCACGGUUACCCUUAAAGUGGGGUUCUGUUCAGGCCUACUGCUAUCGAUCAUUGCUUGACGGAAUGGAGCAUAUUGCCAUGGUUAAAGGAGAUAUUGGGGAUGGCCAAGAUAUCCUGGUAAGAGUCCACUCUGAGUGCCUCACUGGGGACAUAUUUGGAUCAUCUAGAUGUGACUGUGGCAGUCAACUUUCAUUGGCUAUGGAAAUGAUUGAAAAAGCUGGCAGAGGUGUGUUGGUUUACCUUCGUGGACAUGAAGGAAGGGGCAUUGGUCUUGGUCACAAGCUUCGUGCUUACAACCUACAGGAUGACGGGCGCGACACAGUGGAAGCUAACGAGGAGCUCGGAUUGCCUGUAGAUUCACGAGAAUAUGGCAUAGGCGCACAGAUAUUACGAGACCUAGGUGUUCGAACAAUGAAACUGAUGACUAACAAUCCUGCCAAGUAUGGUGGACUGAAAGGCUAUGGAUUGAGCAUCGUCGGUAGGGUUCCCUUGCUAACUCCAAUCACAAAGGAGAAUAUAAGAUACUUGGAGACAAAAAGAACAAAAAUGGGUCAUAUAUAUGGAUCGGAAUUCAAUGGUAAUCUUACUAGUUUCAUCAUAGGUAAUGUAACCAACGAAUCCGAUCCGGCUUCUUAAUAUGCAUUUGUCGCACGAGAAGUUGAAAUAAUUAUGCUUAACCAGCAUAAUUGUGGUGAUUGUUUCCUGAUAUUACCGUCUUGUUAUGUUUGGAGUUGCAGGUGUUGACUCGAGAUAAUUUGCAACCUUAUUGAACUGAGUUGUUCUUAAUAAAUCCGUCAUUGAGUCAUGCAGUUGUUUGCAACCUAAGCUACUGUUUCGGUCAUAGCGUGUUAUUAAUGUGAAAUCCUCUCUUCUUCAUUUUCAAUGUAUUCAAAUGAUUUGA